UCAUGAAGAAAUGGAAACCUCCUACAGUUCACUGGGUACUAUGGUAACCCAGACAUCUUUCCCUGUGGAUGUGGUAGUUUUUAUCCGCGUGGAGCCCUCCAUCAUCCGCUUUAACUGUCUGCCCAGCUCACGUGUGGAGUGUCUGCUGAAGGUCCCAGCACUAGAGACGGUGUUCUCCACUAAGAGUACUGAUAUUGAUACCUCCUUAGCUGAGGGUACACCUCCUCUCAAAUCUAAAGCAUCAAAACUGAGAGAAAGGAACCCGAGUGGAUCUCGUCUCCUUGGUGAUGCACGCCCUCGGGCCAGCAGUACAAACUCUUCAGGUGAUGGUAGCUCAAUGUCAACAGGGGGUCUGAGUUUUACUGGAGCCAUGUCAGAUUUUUCCCUGUAUAUAUUCCAUCCUUAUGGGGGAGGGGUACAGAGAAAAUUAAACACAACCACAGGAUAUAACCUAGGAAGCAUUCAGGAAAAUGAACCUGCAUGGUCAGAACAAACUAGACGUGACAUGCUUAGUCUCAAUGUCGAGUUUGUAAAGAUCAACAUCUCGAGAAGUCGAAAAAUAGAACUACGAGCCCUGGACAAAGAGGCCAAGUCAAACAUUGUCAGGUUCUCAGCUAUUUGUGAUAUUGGGUCUGCAGCAUUUAAGUAUGACAUGAGGCGAUUGUCAGAAAUUCUCUCCUUCCCUAAAGCCUGGUACAACAGAAGUCUGGCCAGGCGUAUGUUUCUGGGAGAUGAAAGUUACAUCCAUGUGGCAGACGACGAAUCUGAUUCAACCUCCACCGGAAGCUCCCAGGGGGAUAGCCCCGUGAGGGGCCCCGUCUCUAAACUCUUUACUUCCUCCCCCUCCCUCUCCCAGUCCAACAACCUGAGUGUUGUGAUCCCCGGUCACCAUCGGCGAAGCUCCUCAGGGGACAAGAUCAAAGUUCAACUCAGCUCUGACCUUAAACAACAGAUUGACAGCAAAUUUGUGCGAACAGCCUCCAUGCCACAGUCCCCUACCGAUUUGAUGUCCCAGGAUUCCUUCACUUAUCCUCACACAGGAACUCCAGGCUCAACAGCAAAGACUCCUGGGAAGCACAAAUCUCUUCUCCACCAAUCAGAAACUGGGAGACAUAAAAGUCACCAUAGCAGCAGUCAUGUGACACCAAAAUCUGUUUCCUGGGAGACCUUGGUGCUCUUUGCUGUUAAUCUAGCCAAGUUGGAUUUACAUGUCAACAUGAGCAAUGUCAUGGGAAACACUGUGUGGACCACACAGGAAAUCAAAAGUCAGGGGAGUCUGUCCAUUCACAGUAACGGUCAUCGUGACCUGAGGAUCACCGCCGGUACAGGGAAUUCCCACUUUGACUCUCGGGGUGGAGUAGUAGGAGGAACCAUUGACCUCAAUGACCUUAAUCUCUUCGUGGAAGUUAAUGAAGAUCCUGAACAAGGGAAGCAACCCUUACACAGUAUGGGAGUCUCGCUGUACACCAUUGAGUGUCGUAUGGAUUACAUGGGCUCCAGUGUCCUGAUGGCUCGACUCAAUGAAUUCAGAAUUGCUCUGAAGGAUGAAUGGCUUGUCCAAGAUAAACCAACAAGUGACACUCCUUUGGCCACUACAAGGCCUGCUAUCUUGUUUGCCCAUGGCGACCUGCACUGGGAACAGUUCCACAUGAUGAUCUCUCGCUCCACCACUCCAGAUAUCAUUAAAAUGGUCUCCAAAAUAGAAGAGUUUUUCAUGAACCAAUUUACUAGUAGCAGGCGUGUGUUGAUGACUCUUGGCCCCAAGUCAGGAGCAAAGAGAGGAAGUGAACGCAGAAAAAUGUCUGAUGAUGUUGAUUGUAUAUGGGACAUUCGGCACCACAGACACUGGCAGAGAGCUCUAGAACUUGUGGUUGGAUGCCGUUUUUCUAUGCUGCCUAGCAUGAUGCCAAAGGAGGGCACAAUACUCGGUGGGAACAUGACCUUGAAAGGCAAAAACCUGACCUUGGCCUGUUUCCAUGGGAUGAAUUUCAAAGCCAAGUCAUGGGCUCUAUUUACAAUGCAUGAACCUUACAUAAUAUUUGCCACUGAGUCUCAACAGCUGCCUGAAGGAGGAAUCCAUGUGAUCCAGAAUCUGAACUUUUACAUUGGGCAUGACCUGACACAGCAUACGAAGGAGCAGCACAUGGCCUACAUCUGUAUGCUGAGUCGGGGCCACUCUAUGCCUCCUUCCUUCACAAGUGUCCAGGAGUGGUUCCACUACACUCUAGCCACAUCUGAUAUCAAAGGACUUGACUGCUUCCCACAGAUGCUUCAUGAAGAAGAUGCUCUGGAAGCGCGUCGGAUCAGGAAGGUACAGGCCUAUAGUCACGACACGGAGAUGAUCUUUCUCCUGCCCUCUCUCCAACUCCAGCUAAAAACCAUUCACAACCAGUCUCAACAUGAGCCAAAACCUGAUGACCCUCGUCCUGUUGUGGAGUGCAGUUUUGUCACAGAGUUUGAGGAUCAUAUUUUUGUUGCCAUGGAUGCAGAGGUCAUUCUGUUCCUUCAUGACCUUAUUCUGUCAUAUAUCAAGGAGAAGGACAAAGGGACUAAACCUCCAUACGGAACAAGUUCUAAAUCUCCACGAACCCCAGAAACAGAGAGAAAGAGGAUUACAGACCCCACAUCUGCUCUGAAGGAGGACUGGAGGGUGUUCGAAUGUAAUACUUGGCAUCUAGAGCCCACAGUCAGACUUCUGCACUGGGCCAGUAAAGGUAAAGAAAUCGACACAGUGGUAGUGGACUAUGUCUUACAGAAGCUAGGAUUUUCUCAUGCUCGAGUCACCAUUCCAAAAUGGAUGCAGAGAGGAUUCAUGGACCCACUAGACAAACUGUUAUCAUUCCUGAUAGAAAAGCUCAUUCUCGCUCUCAAAACUCAAGAAAAAGAAGUUGCUGAGGAUGCAUAGAUUUUUUUUUAAACAGAAAAAAAAUAUGUGUCAACUUUAGCUUUUACCUUUAGUGUGAUGUUUUAUGGUAAAUGUAUAGACAAUCAGAAUAUAGAAAAUUUAACCUUUUUUGGGAGUGUUAAACAUUUUUAUGAUUAAUGUACUUUUUGAAUAUUUUAAUUGUAAUUCAAUGAAGUAUAAAGUGCACAGUAACUUGUAUCAAAU